AUGAUCUGCCGAUUCUGGGAGAUGCGACAAGCUUGCGAUUAUUUCCUGUCGUUGCCCCCGAACAGGGAGCUAACAAAGUUCUGCAUGACUGACCGUGAGUGGAAAGUCCUUGAAAAUUUCGAGAUGAUUUUGAGUAUUCCUCAUCGAGUUCAGACCCUUAUGUGUGGCGAGCAAACACCCAUUCUUGUGAAUGCAAUUCCUGCAUUUGAGAUGUUCAUGACUGCAUGGGAGAGGCUCGGCGAGAAGUUUCCGCACUUGGAGCCAUAUACGAAGGUUGGUGUUGAAUGGGCGGUCAAGUAUUACAAUAAAAUGGAUUUGACAAAGGCAUGCGUGAUUGCAAUGGUCCUCAAUCCCUCCAUCCGUCUAUCAUGGAUUCGAAAAAAUUGGGAUGAAGAAUUCAUCGAUGAGGCCAACCAAACCAUCAAGGACUUGAUGGUGGAACAUCAUGCUCAUGCCAAUCCCGAAAUGCCAGCUCGUCGAAGUCCUGCAACAACACGGCAAGGAUUUGGUCUUGACGAGCUGGCUGAACACUACGGGCUCGAUGACCUGAUGGAUUUCACAGACAACAACACAUGCCGCAACCAGAGUAUCGACGAGGAGUUUGCGGCCUACUUUAUGGCGCCACUUUCUGAGAAAGGGACAGACAUUCUGAAGUUCUGGGAAAUCCAUGAAUCAAGUUUCCUGACUCUUUUUGCAAUAGCGCUCGACUACCUUCCCAUCCAAGCCUUGGCAGUACCUUCACUGCAAAUGCUCAAGUUCUCACUGAAGACGAAACAGCUCAACUUCAUGGAAGGCUUAGAAACACCAGAAAUAGAUAUGCUGGUGCCUGCCGAUGACAAAACGGACUUAUUAGGACAAGUGGCCUCCAAGUGGAACAGUAAUAUAGACACCCUACUCGCAGCUCUCGGUCAAUACAAUGACGACGACACAUACUUAUAUGCGAAAUUUGGUUUGGCGGGGGAUAUCAUUGUCUUGGAGGUCCUCCUGCAAGAGAAGUAA